AUGCGUCCCCAAUUCCACGCCGCCAUCGCCUCCGCCAACGCCGCCAUCCCACACGCAUCCCAGCGUCGCGUCCCCAAGACAACAGAGCGUGGCGGCGGUGGGAUAAAACAGCACUUUGCGUUUGCACUACAGGCUAUUUUCCUGAAUGUCUCCAGUGGCUUCAAGUUGAUGGAGAUGGAAGGAGAUCUGACCAUAGAUAGUAUUCUUGUGCUUACAUUGAGUUUACAAGUCCAACAAUCCUUGAAAAUUGGGUUGCCUUAUUACAUGUUACCAAAAGUGAAUGAUCUCUUAGAAAAGAUAGGGCAUGCUGGAAGUAAUGGCCUUCAUGGUUAUCCCUUCAGUGGCUUCAUUCGGUUAUGGAAUACAUUAUCUGUGACAACAGUUCAAAAUGGCGGCCAUACUGGAAGCACACUGCUUCCCUUGGCCUUCGCGGCCGUCAUCAUCCUGCUCGCCGCCGCACCUUCCGACAGGCCACCCAAGGCCCAGGGGCCGAAAGACCCGCAGCCACCGCGGAACGACAAGCCCAAGCCAAUGAAGGUCAAGUGCAACGACCGCAAGCUCUACCCUUACUGCUCCGGCAAGCGGAUGGAGUGCCCCGCCGCGUGUUCCCAGUCAUGCUACGCCGACUGCAACUCCUGCAAACCCGUCUGCGUGUGCAGCGUUCCGGGGGCGUGCGGCGACCCGCGCUUCAUCGGCGGCGACGGCAACGCCUUCUACUUCCACGGCCGCAGGGACGCCGACUUCUGCGUCCUCUCCGACCGCGACCUCCACAUCAACGCCCACUUCAUCGGCAAGCGCGGCGCCGACGGCAUGUCCCGGGACUUCACCUGGAUCCAGGCCAUCGCCGUCCUCUUCGACGGCGGCCACCGCCUCUACGUCGGCGCCCGGAAGACCGCCGCCUGGGACGACGACGUCGACCGCAUGGAGCUCGCCCUCGACGGCGAGCCCGUGCGCAUCCCUCAUGAGACCGACGCCACGUGGACGUCCACCGCCGUGCCGGCACUGUCCGUCACCCGCACUAAGGCGGCCAACGGCGUGCUCGUCGCGCUCGACGGCAGGUUCAAGAUCAGGGCGAACGCCGUGCCCAUCACCGAGGAGGAGUCGAGGGUGCACCGGUACGGCGUGACCGCCGACGACUGCCUCGCGCACCUUGACCUGGCCUUCAAGUUCGACACGCUCACUGGCGACGUGCACGGCGUUGUCGGCCAGACCUACCGCUCCGACUACGUGAACGGGCUCGACGUCAAGGCCUCCAUGCCCACCAUAGGAGGGGAGAGCAACUUCACCACGUCCGCCUCUUCGCCGCCGACUGCGCCGUCGCGCGUUACGCACCUGCUUGUCACCAUGACGAUGAUGCUGGUUUUGCAAUGGUGUGAGAUCGAGCUCGCUGGCCUUACCUGUGCCAGCGGCAUGAGUGGCCAAGGCGCGCGUGGUGUGCCAGAAGUAAUUGAAGUGUACUUGUGCUUAUACUAUAUACUGCAAGCCCGAGAGGCCGGUGGGUAUACUAUGAUGUUGUUGUCAGAGUUGUACCAAGCAUGCAUGUUUGCAUGGUCAUGA